UAAAUAAUAAUAAACCUUUACGACAUUUACUGUUGCUAAUUCCGCUUAAACACAAUGCGCACUUAAGCAGAAAGAAAAAAUAAAACAAAAUAUGGAGCAAUUUUAUAACAACUAUAAUAUAAGCAAAGCAAAUCAACUACCAAUGUAAUAAAGAAUUUAGUGUUUUACUAUCAAUACGACAUAAUAAUUAAAAAACAAAAUGAUACCUAUUAUAUUUUUAGUUUGAAAGGUCUAAAACAUGUAUUAUCAUGAGAUUUUGUUCUUUUAAAUAAUUUUAUCUAAAAUAUAUUUUAAGCUAACAACACCUAUUUGUCUGGCAGAUAGCGCAGGCGCGAUGGUUUCAAAAUAAAAGUCACAAAAAUGAAAGGAAAAGGAUAGCUUUAUACUUUUUUUAAGCUUACCAUAUUUUUAUUAGAUUUACAUAGAACAUUUCUGAGAUAAAAAAGUAAAAUGUUAGGCGAUAAAUUUAAUAGGGGAUCAAAAAGAGGCGUUAUUCGCCUUCUUGGUAAAAAUUGAAAUGUUUCUGCAGGGUCGCAUUAUAAUUGUUUGGUUAUCUUGGCUUAUUGGAGGAAUUUGCGGUGUUGUUAUUCUGUUGAUAAUUGUAUGCUACUGCCGCCUAAUGCCGCGACACCAGAAAUCAUUCGAUGAGCAAUAUCUCAAAGAACAUUACACCAUUAAAGAAGGACAUGGCUAUACAAGUCAGGAAAACUAUAGGAUUAAACACACUGAGGUGCAAGUUCAGAGGCAUGCACGGCCUGCAAGCUAUGCAGGGGAUGCUGAGUGCAGACGGCAGAGGGAACCCUCACGAGCACCUACACACUGCUAUGUUAAUCGGGUACCAGAUACACCACGGGAUAAUGCUGUACAAUAUGCUUCUAGUGGCAUGUUGGAUGAGAUGGAGGGAGCUGCAAGCAUUGACGCUCUAAAGACACGUUCUUUGCCAGCUUUCUUGCGCCCUAAGCCGCGUCCACUCUCCACUGAGGACGAUUUGCAUCAACUGUAUGCUAAGGUAAAUUUAAGCAAGAAGUAUAAGAACCGCAUGCGUAACGAGCACGCCGCUAUCAUCGCCCUCAGCAAGUCGCACAGCCAGUUCUUCGACGCCGACGCGGUCAUCGUCUACGACCAGAGAACUGCACUCUGAAUCAUCUACGUAUGAGACCUCAAUAUUAUUUGUUUUUAAAACAUUUUGAGGACUCGGGCUACAUCUGCUAAAGUCAGUAUUUGUGUAAUUUCUUUCCACUAUCCGAGACUGUGGUUUUUAUUUAAUUUAAUUAAAAUAAUAAUUACCAAAUUGGAAGUAAAUAAGAUUUGUUAUAAAAUUAAAAAAGUGAUGUAAGAGGACCAAAUUUGAGAGUUGAAAAAGACUUCAAGUUAAAGGUACUUCCUGUUAAUCGACUUGAUUAGAAUUAUUAGUUAAAAUUGAAAAGAUUUACAUAUAUGUAACAAAAUACUGAGGAGUUAGUAGCAUCGCGUUGAUGUUUUAACUACAUUAUUCUUUAAAUAGAUGUGCUUAGUGUCCAGACAAUACUUCAAAGAAUUGAAUUGUAUAGAAUAAAGUUAGCGAAUUGUCCUUCCACUCAUGUUCUUGCUCUCUUAUCUUCAAUCACUUAUAAAGUUCUGUAAUUAAACUAAGCAUUUCUGUAAUUAGUAUCCCCUACAUCUACAUAUCAGUUAAGAUAUUACAAUGAAUUGUAUGCAAAUAAUAUAUAUGAUAACGCACACAUAGAUGUAUUACUGUUAUAAUCUCAGGACAGAGAAUGACAUAGACAUUACAUCAUAUAUAAUAUGGAAUCAAAAAAUAUUGCACAAAUACUAUUUAGUACUGAUUGGAAAUAAAACCUUUUUGAUAGUAUGUGUGGUUAAUAAAUAAAUAGAUAAUAUGCUGAUUUCUGACAUGUCACUUCUAUUGCAUACUCUGUUCUGAGGUAACAUUUAUUAAUUUAAUUAAAACUAUUGAGACAAUCAGUGUGUAAAGUUUUGCGAAAAUUUUAAAAAUUGGCAAAAGUGUGAUUUUUAAUCAUGUGAUAUAAUUUAAUAACGAAAUUGUGGCCUAAUUCGAAUGUUUUAUAAGAUUUUCAUGUAUAAUCGCGUACAAUCGUGUCGACGUUAUUGUAAAAAUGUCAAUAACUUAUUAUACCACCUGAUAUUUAUUUAUUUAUUUAUUAUGGAUCUCCAACAAAGGAUACACACUUACGAGCACAUUACAUGGUGAAAUAUGUGUGCACCUUCAAUUUUCAAUCUUCAAGGAGACCACAGCACGCGAAUAUUUAUGACCUUCGUCUAAAUUAUGUUUCACUAAUCGAAUAUCAGGAUUUUUCUUAAUCAUUUCCGUCUCAUCACAGACACAUCCUAAACGCCUGCGCAUUUUUAUUACCAUCAAUUAUUUAAAUUUAAAUAGCGCAUCUUACUACCAAUAUGAGAUGACUUUUGCAAGGUAAUCUAUUUAUUCUGAGACGAGGUAUAUAUGUUGAGGGUACUUUUAUAGUUUUAACAGGUAUAUAAUCAUCAUAUUCAACCCACAUUAAUCCACUGCUGGACAUAGGCCAAUUCUUCCGGUCCUGUGCUAAUCGCAUCCAUUGAGCACCCGCUAUUUUUCUAAAAUCGUACUACCAUCGGGCGGGUGGUCACUCUGGUCUUUUUGCUUCUCUAAGCCACCACUCCGAGACGACUUUAGUCUAUAAUACGUUUUUAAUAUAAGAACUAAAAUAAAAAAACUUAUAUAACUAUAUAAGAACCAAAAUAGAAAUAUUGGCUGUUUUGUAUGUUAAUGGAUCCCGGUUAUUAUCAGGUGGUCUAAUAGGACACGCUACGAAAUUUUAUCGCUGAUAAAAAAUCAGCGAGUGAUUAUUAUCGAAUCUUGUAAUUUUAUUAUAUAUAUAUAUCAAUUUCUAGUGUUAUAUAUAAUAAAACUAAAUGUCGAUUUUAACAUUUCAUACAAUAAUAGAUUUAUGCCGUAGGUAGAUGAAUUUGUAAGCUGAUUUUAUAAAGGUUUUCGGUAUUCUGAUCUCGGUCAGUGUUGCUAGUGUCGAAUUUUGAUUAUAUAAUAAUUUUAUUAGUGCUUAGUUAAAUAUUAAAUGUUGCCAUGUUGAAAUAGUCUGUACGCGAUUGUACUUCUAUAUGCGUCCCUUUUAAAUUAGUAUUAUUGUAGGGCUAAUUAAUUAGUAGAUACGUGCAGUCUAUUAAUAUAUACAUACUUGUAUAGAUUUUUUAUAACAUAGUUUAUAAUCGUUGAUGUCUUUUAAUGGAACUUUUAUAACCGUGUGAGCUAAUGGCGAAACAUUGAACGGUCGCGUUAGGAUAACUCUCAUUAAUGUUUCUUAAAUGUUUGACAUUUAAAGCAGACAAUGUUCUUCACGUACAGGCUAAUGGAAGUAAAUAAGGAAAUCACUGUCGUAAUAAUUAUUUUUAAGCGUUCUACAUCAACGACAAGUGUCAACUAUAUUAUUAAUAUUUCGGUUACAAUUUUUUUUUAUUAUUAUAGAGGAAUACUCUACAAUACUCUACAUGUUUCGAUAUUCCUGGAGUGAAUUAUUUGUGAGCAUUGUUUAAACAUUCCCUAUUCUGUCAUUGAUUACAUAAAGAAAACAGUAUUGUUUAAAAAGUACGCUAAACAACAUUUUAGGUAAAGCUGUUAAUUAUCAAAAAAACUGUAAUUAACUGCGCACUAAUGAGGCAUUGUGUGUUAAAUUCUGAGAUUAUAUUGUAUUUACUUUAUUUACUUACUGCAUGCCUUUGUCUAAGAUUGAUCCAAAACAACGUUCGUCGUUCAUUCUUGAUGCUCAAUGUGAACUAAAUGUAUUGUGUACGCUCAAUGCGACAGCCAGAUGAAAACUCAAAUAUAAAGCUCAAAUUAUUUAAUAGUUUGGUUCAGCAAUUAGACGUGCAUAAACGCAUGAAUUUUCAAUAUAUACUUGUUUUUUUUUUGUAAUUGAAAAUAAAUGUUUAUGAAUUCAA